AUGGAAGCAAUGGCUGGAGCUUGUGCAGCCCUCUUGAACCAAAAGAUGGUAGCUGCAUAUACAGGAUGUACAAGGGAGAAGAGUGGUGUGCCGUCGUCGUCUUGCAGGGUGAGGACAACUGAUCAGCCUCUUGGUGGCUAUUUGCACAGAGGGCAUGUCCGGGAUACGGGCCAGGGCCGCGUGAGCUCAUGUCCUGAUGGCCUUUCUGCAGUAGGAGCUGCCCGGGCGAAGACGAUCUCACAUCUCUGCAUGAACCGAUAUGUGACUUUUGAUGCAGAAGUUAUCACUCAAGCCAGGGAUGCAGUCAUUCUAGAGAGCUCUGCCAAAGUUUCCAAAAGUAAAAGGAAACCUCGUUUAGUCGGGAGGCCUGCAGAGGGAGUUCUCAGAGUUCUCAGCAUCGCAGCCCAAGCCAGGACCUGGCAGGACGUGUUCUUCAUGAUCAGGCCCCACAAGACCACCAUCUUCGCGUACGCCAAGGAGUCGAGCACCUUGUUCGAGCUGAAGCGCAUCGUCGAGGGCAUCUUCAAGUGGCCGCCCGACGAGCAGCCGCUGUACAAGAACGACCAACUUCUGGAUGAUGGCCAGACACUGGGAGAGUGCGGCUUCACCAGUCAGAUGGCACGGCCGCAGGCCCCAGCCACUGUGGGGUUGGCCUUCUGGGCAGAUGAAGCUUUCGAGACCCUGCACAUCGAGCCCUUCUCCAGUCCACCCGAGCUGCGCGAUGUAAUGAAGCCACAGGACUCAGGAAGCAGCGCCAAUGAACAAGCGGUGCAGUGAGAGGGCUCCGGGCCCGCCCCCA